AUGCCGGAGAUGAAUAGGUACAACCUCAUCUUCCUAAUCAUAUUUUUCACUUUUCUUCUUCCUGGCCCACCAAAUACCCCUAUAAAUUCAGAUGAUCAAUACAAUAAGCUGAUAUUGUUCAAAAAUCAACUAUACCAAUCAUUUGAACUAUUACAAAACAACACUUUCAAUCAUAAUUUUGGUAAUCUAACUGGGUUCCAACUAAGUUAUCAAGAUGUAUUAGAUGGACAAACAAAUGAAACAUACCCACUUCCUGGGAAGGACUAUGACCAUUGGGAAAAUAAUCAAAAAUAUUCAAUUUUACCAAAUGAUAUCAUUGAAUUGGCUGAAUCAAUAUGGAGUUUGGAGAAUGAUAACAACGAUCCUAAUCAAAACUAUUACCAAAAUAUCUCCUCAAGCUUAUACGGUAAUUUCACAAGUAAUUAUAAUGGAUCAACAAAUUAUACAAAGUUACCUCUAGAGUUACCUCCCUACUUGGUUGGUUAUGAUCAAGAUUUGAAUUCUGAGUUGUCACCUUCAUUUGGAAACUCUGUCGGUAACGUUACAAUUGGAUCAGGAAAUGUCAAAAUAGAUAUCUCAAUCGUUGAUAAACUAAAUAAGCAUUAUUUCAAUCACUUGGAUUCUAAAAUAAAGUUGAUUAAUAUAGACAUAGAAUUUUUGAAUGAUGAUGAAACAAUGAAACAUUCAAUUGAAACCAAAGGCUUCUAUUUUGUUGAAUCUGGUAAUAUAAUAACAUCAACAAAUAGUGCCAAAUUUCUAAGUUUUUUCGGUGGGUUACAACAUUUAACUUUUACUGAUGACAAUUUUGAUAUUUCUAAAAAUUUAACAAUAAAUUAUUUAGAGGAAACUUUGUUCAAGACAUCAACACCAGCUGAUAAUAUUGAUAUUAAUUUUAAUUAUCUCUAUCAAAUGAUACAAUCUUCAGAAAACCACUGUGAAUUUGUUAAUUAUUUCCAUUUAAAUAAGGUUAAUCUAACAAAUGAUGAAAUCAAAAAUUUGGAUCAAGAAUUGAUAAAUCCAAUUGGUCGCCCAAUUAAUUUCAAGCAAAUACCCAAGUUAAAUUUAUCUGGUGUUUUAUAUUCACCUGACUGCUCCGUUCAAUUAAAUAUUCCAUCAGCCGUUGGUAUCAAAAAGGAGAUUCAAAUUUUUGAAUUACACAAGAUUAUUUUAAUUGGUAUCGGAAUCUUGUUGGCUCAAAUCUUUUUGAUAAUGAAGCAAAUGAAUCAAACAAAUACACCAUCCACUAUUUCUAAAGUUUCAUUUUGGUCAAUUUGCUUAAUGAGUCUUGUUGAUGGUUCAUUAGCAAUGCUUUUUUUGUUAAGUUCUGCAGUGCUGAACAAGUUAUAUUUACCUUUAACUGUUGGUGCAUUCUUAUCGUUUAUAUUGGCUUCAAUCUUUGAAAUGAGAUAUAUGAUUAGUAUUUAUGUUUCACAACUUAAUGAGAGAUCUCUAAGUAUAUUUACUGCAUUACAAGGAAGAUCAUUAGAUGAUGAAACUCAAGAAAAUGCACCACAACCUGUUAACAACCAAGAUGAAUCUCAAGUCAGUGGGGCAAUUUAUUCAAGAUUUUUCUUCACAUUAAUUGUCUUUACGUUUUUAAUCUUGAACUCAGUCAUGUGGCCAAAACAUUUGAGAAAAAAUUUUGAAUAUGUUAUGUUGAUUAUAUUGAACUCUUAUUGGCUACCUCAAAUAUAUAGAAAUGUUAUAAGAGGUUCACGCCAAUCUUUUAAAUGGUGGUUUAUUGGGGGCUCAACUUUGAUUAGAUUACUUCCUCUAUCAUAUGUCUUUACAAACAAAAACAAUGUUUUCCAACAUCAUUAUGACCCAACUUUUUUCUAUUGGAUUGUUCGUUGGUAUAUUAUUCAAAUUGUACCAUUAUUUUUACAGAAUUUAUAUGGACCAAGAUUUUUCUUGCCAAAAAUGUUAUUACCAAAAACCUAUGAUUAUCAUCCAGUAUUGACAGAAGGUGAUUUAGAAUCAGGCUUUGAACAUGGAGGAAACUGUACUAUAGAUUGUGCAAUCUGUAUGAAUCCAGUGAAACUACACAUUUCCAAGUCAAAUGCAGACCAAGCACUCCAUUUUGCUUCAAGAAGAACUUAUAUGGUUACUCCUUGUAAGCAUAUCUUCCACUCUAGAUGUCUUGAAUCCUGGAUGCAAUACAAAUUGCAAUGUCCAGUUUGCAGAAGUCCACUUCCUCCUUUAUAAUGAUUUGCUAUGUCUUCUUUGUGUUUUUAAUUUGUUAUGACCAUUUGUUUUUUGAUG